AUGGUGGUGACAACUGUCGACGACCUGAACAUUGAAGAGUGCUUGGAUUGUCUAAACAGGAUCCAGGUGACCGUGAACCAUGGGUUCCUGGAGUCCUCUAUCGAGUUAUGCUUGAAUGUUUACCAAGCCUCGAUCGAGAAGUUUAGUCGAUGGAAGCAGAACAACCAUCCAGAAAAAAAAAUCACAGAAUGCUAUAUUGAGGCAACAACCAAGUCGAUACAAAUAUUGAGGGGCUCUGGAAAGUUUCGGAAUCACGAUAUUGACGCAAGGCAACGAACCUUCAUUGCCAGGCUCAUCGAGAUGGAGGAUUACAAACAGUCUGAGUUGAUCUGUUGGAAACUAUUCCAAAGCUUGAAGAAACGACUUAAAUCUAAGAAAAAGGGUACUAUCUUGUCAUCUCAGAGCUUGGUAUCCUAUUAUGAUGACGAUGAUGCAAUGCCGAACCAUAAAUUGAUAAUUUAUUCGAUAGAUUUCGCAGAAACAAAUGACGGUAACGUCUUCCAAUACAUCAACUUGAUGACACUAUACUUACAGACGGUGCAAUUGAGCUAUAAGAAAUCUAAUAAAAUAAUAGGCUCUGAAGAUUUACUUAUGCUAUUGGAUGUCAAAAACUCUGGUUUUUUAAAGGUGCUAUCCCAGCAGAAAGCAGAGAUAAAGGUUCCAUGUUUCAACUUAUUGAUAAAAGUCUUUAAUUCAUUCAUUUACCUACCAACACUUCCGAGGAUUCUAAAGACGCUACUAAUAUUAAAGUGUUUGCAGAUCAUUGUAAGGAAUCGGGAUAUAAUUCCAAAUGUUACCUCCAUUCCGUCAAAUAAUUGGUUCGCAGAGUUUAUUAAUGAUGUCCAACUAUUGACUAACUCAGAUCAAGUGAAGAUUUACAAAUACAUCAAUAAAGACUUAUACUUAUUGGUAUCAGAAUAUUUGCAUGAUGGAAAAAUUAAUGAUUAUUUACAAUUUGAUUUGGGCGCUAUGUUACAGUUAUUGACUAAAAUCAAUAGUGUGAAAACAAAUAACAGUAUAUUAGAUACUUGUGAUUGGAACAUUUUUAUUGUCAGCUUAAGGAACACAGUGAUAAAAAAGAAUAAUAUGGAUAAGUUAUUGCAUCUAAUUAUGAAUAAUUCAGCCAUUAAGAAACCCAGUAUUGAUGUUGCAUUCAAUGAAUUUGACAUUGCUGUGCUCAAGAGUGACGCAUUUCUAAAACGUUUACUAAGUUCCGUGAAAAUUAUUUUAGGCAAAACCUAUACCUUUGGGAUACAAUCUCUAUUUGUCAUAAAAGUUUUGAAUUUAUUUUCUGUUUUCUUUAAUACUAAUUCAAAUGGAAGACUUACCAAAAGAUUGCAUCUCUCAAUUUUGGAUAUUAUCACCAUAUAUACCAAGGAUUUAAUCGAAACUCUUCCUGCUGAUUAUGAUUUCGUGAUCAACAAUUUGGAUACCUUAGCGGAUGUCACCAAGAAGUGUGGACAGGUAAAGCGCUUCAGGAAUAUUUCUAAUUUGUAUUAUAAUAUCGGGUUGAAGCUCAUAAAAAUCGGCUCUGAUUAUGCGAAUUUCCCAGUCGACUCACUCACAGAUAACAUCAAAAAUUGUAUUAAAAUUGAGCACAUCAUCUGCCUUGCUGAUGCUUCCAAAGAAAAUUUGGAUCAAUAUGAAUCAAAGUUGCAAAAAGUGGUGUCUAUAUUGAUCAAAUACAGCCAGCAGAAGUUACUGGUGAACAUGAUUUUUGAAUUCUUUAAGCUUUGCCUAGAUUCUUCUGGCUUCUCUGACACCUGUUUGAAACUUCGAUCUAGUUUCUCAGCCACAACUGGGCUACUAUUGCGAUGUCUCUUACUAAACAUAAACAAUGAGAGUGUGAGCAUCAUCAGUGGUUUAUGCUCGCACAUUCCCACCAGUCUUAGAGCAUGUAUUUUUUUAUGUUUGAUUAAGGUUGUUCAGACAUUAAAACUAGAGAAUAAGAAGUCAAAUAUUGCUGGAAUUCUAUUCUCAGCUUUUAUAACAGACAAAGAUCCACUACUAUAUUUCCUUUGUUACGUUGAAUAUUUGAGCAUCCCGAGUUUGCAAUUAGAUAGUAUUCAAAAAAUCAGUGAACCUUCGUCAGUACUAGUAACGGGGAGUGUUGUGUCAGAAUAUGAAAUGUUGAUAUUGAGCGUGCUCAAGUUCAAACUAUUCACCAGAAAUAAUAUGGAACACAAAAACCCAAAAUUGAUCAUUGAAUCAUUCAAUUUGUUUUUAGAGUGGCUUAAUCAAGAAAAUUCCUACAGUCUAAUCCUGAAAAGUGUGGUAUUAUCUGAAUUUGAAUCCGCCAACUUCUUAUCCAUGGUUUCUUACUUCCAAUAUUACGGAUUGAAACCACAAUUAUCGGUUAUUCUAUCCAAGUACUCAUUCUGCAGAUCAAGUUUACUUGAGAAAAAUAUAGAUUUGGCUUUGAAAAUGAUGUAUGAAUCUGUUAGGGGGUACAUUUCUUUAGGGUUCUCAAAAGUAGUUCAAAAGGAUAUAAAGUACCUAGAACAAUUCCUUAAACAGAAGCGGCUGCACUUCCAAGAAUCUGACCAGUUGAUAAACUCCUUGAGAGUGCUUUUACUAAAAUUGGAAUACUAUUUAAUGAUUAAUAAUUUGAAUAGUGCCCAAAGCACAAUGGAAAAUAUCUUAAUGUUUGUCGGCGACCAUCCUGAAAGUUUUUCCACGUCUAUAUUGGAUUUCAUCAAUGCUCAUAAUAUUAAUGACAAUCAUAUUUCCCUAAUGAUCUGCUAUAGUAAACUUUCAUAUUUGAUGGCAAAUCUAAAGUUUCUUCUUGGGCUAUUUGAAGAUUCAGUAUUUGAUCUAAGGAGAUCAGUAAGGAUUAUUUUGGUAAUAGUCAAGAAAUUAUCAAAAGGGAUAUCAAGUACUAGCACUACUGAAAUUUUGAUGUGGCAAGCAAGUGGUUUACUAAUACAAUACUACCAGCUUUUUAUAAAAAUCAAUUUGCAUUAUGGUUUUUCCAAGGAUUGUGAAUUUUAUAUUAAAGAAUUGAAAAAAAUUGUCUUUGAAUCUGAUUACUUGCCGGUUCAUCAAUUGCAUUCAUCUUUCUUGAUGUUGGAUUAUGCGUUGUUGUCGAACAAGACUAAAAUGAUAAAUGAGUGCUUUGAUAUGUCUCAAUCACUACACAGUUCAAUGGUAAAUGAUUUUGUGGAUAAGGAGACGGAAAUCUUAAAUGAUUGUGCCUGUGUAAAAUAUUAUGGCAAUAAAGACAACGGUACUAAAGUCCAUGAAUAUUACGUGAAGUUAUGCCAUGAAAUUUCAUAUUUAAAUAAGCAAUCAAAUAGAGGAAUUGAUAUUGAUAACCCUUUGUUAUCUAUUUAUAGUAACUUGGGCCCAAGAGAAAUUUCAAAAUAUAAUAGAAUUCAAUUGCAAAUUGAAAACUUGAUUGUCUCCAAUCUUGAUAAUGACAAUAUUAGAAAAUUUGACUAUUUAAAUCUCUUGAAACGUGUGGGUACAAAAAAAUAUGAUGUCUCUUUGGAUUGUAUUGCAUCAGCAAAGCAACAUUUAUUAAAUGCUAAAAAAUAUUUGGCAAGUGAUCCAGUAUUAGCAGUGUUACAGGAUUCUGCAAUUUCUAUUCCUUCUUUUGAUGAUGAUGAUUUAGUGGCCUCAACUAAUGAGAAGCUACAAGUAGGUGACACGGCAACUAAACCUGUUCAAGAACUCAUAUUGUCAAGAGAUGCUGUUCUUAAUGGGAAAUCUGAUUUUAUUACUUGUUCCUCUAACAUCGAGUUAUACGAAAUUAGUUAUAUAUUCACCUAUUCGAUUUCCUUGUUAUCGGCAAUCUCACACUUAACUAUUGAGAGUCCGAAUUCACAGGGACAAAUAUUGAACAAAAUGUUCUAUUUAAGUGAAGUUCCGAGGCAAGCACCAUUCAAAUAUGAGAGAAGGCUUUCCCGGUAUGAAGAGAACACUAAGGAAUUAGUACCUCAACCGAAAUUUGUUUCUGAUACAUCUGAGGAUUUUAGCAUUGAUGGGAUAAGUAAGGAAAUAGAGCAAUAUCUACCAGAAAACUGGGAUGUCAUCACUAUUGACAUUUGUCCCUAUACUGGUGAUUUAUUAUUAAGUAAAAUUGAUUCAAAUAAGCCGUCUCCAUUCGUUGUUAGAUUGCCAUUGAAUAGAUUUUCUAGCAGAGAUGUUAGUGAGGAUUCGAUUUCUUUUAAGGAUGCCAAGAACGAGUUUUUAGAAAUCAUUUCUAAAAAUAACGAAUCAACAAAGUUUUCAAGAACCAACAAAAUUGACGAUAUCGAAAGUAAGAAAAAUUGGUGGAGAGCAAGAUAUAAAUUGAAUGCAAAACUAGAAAAGCUAUUAAAAGACGUCGAGUUUUGCUGGCUAGGAGGUUUUAGAGGCAUGUUCACUCAACAUAAAGAUGAAAUAUCAACUCCUGAAAUAAUAAAUAAGUUCAAGACCAAGUUCAUUAAGAUCAUUGAAGACAAUUUACCAUCAAGAAAGCAGAUGAGACAAAUAUCAUCUAAAUUACAAAGAUCCCAUAGUGUGUCAGGGAAUUUUCACCACUCUCGGUUUUCUGCUAAGGUUUUAAAUGCCCAGAAUUUUAAGGGCAUUUCUCCUCCUGAUAUUGCUAUUGAUGAUUCUGUUAUACUAUUGUUUUUAACUUUGGGAGAUCCCGAUAAACUUAAGGAUACCGAGCUCUUGGAGGACUUGAUCUACUUUGUAUUGGAUAUCUUGUCUUUUCAUGGCGAGGAAAAUGCAUAUGAUGAGAUUGACAUUGAUCAGAUUUAUAUUGAUGUCGAAGCACUAUUAAGAAGCUGUUACUUUGAGGCACAAGCUACCAAAAAUAAGAUUCGACAUGCAUCUACGGCACAUACGGUUUUGGUGGUUGGUAAAACUUGCCAGAACUUACCUUGGGAAUCUCUACCUUGUUUGGAGAAGUGCUCGGUGUCACGAAUGCCCUCAUUGAAAUUAUUAUUGGAAUCUUUGAAGAAUCAUCGUCCCAAAGAUCGUGCUAGAAUGGAACUUGAUAUCUCUAAACCCGGCUAUUAUAUUUUGAAUCCUGGACAAGAUUUGACGAGAACUCAGGAUGCUUUCGAGGAAAAAUUGAAACAGAACCUAACUAGUUGGACUGCCAGGGUUGGUGAACCGCCCACGGAGUCUGAAUAUCUUGAUGGCUUGAUUCACUCCGAUUUAUUUAUUUAUAUUGGCCAUGGUGGCGGAGAGCAUUAUGUCAGAAACAGUAAAUUGAAAAAGAUCCCUUAUUUGGAACAGAACACCCUAAAAAAAGAUUGCGCAGCUGCUUUGUUAUUGGGUUGUUCAUCUGGCAGUUUAUCUGAUAAUGGUCAGCUUGAGCCUAAUGGUACAGUUUUCUCAUAUUUGAUUGCUGGCUCGCCAAUGAUAUUGGCGAAUUUGUGGGAUGUUACUGACAAAGAUAUUGAUAAGUUUAGCAUUUCGAUGUUUGAACAAUGGGGUUUAUUUUCCACAGAAGAAUCAGCUGAAUCUAAGGACGAAAGAAAUGGUUAUAACAUCUGUGAAGCAGUUGCCAACUCCAGGAAAGUUUGUUUAUUGAAAUAUUUAAAUGGUGCAGCUCCUGUCAUUUAUGGGCUUCCUUUUUACAUUAAAAAAUGA